ACGCAAUCGCUCGGUUUCUAUGUCUAUGUGCCUUAGCGAUCUCCUCUAUUCUCUUUUCUCCUCUCCUCUCUUACGCUUCGUCUUCCUUGGUUAAGGUUUAUCAGUGGUUUGGCAAUGGAGGCCUCAUCUUCUCGGUCUUCUGAUUCUUCUGAUCAGUCUGCUUCCAAAUUCCUUUCCGACCUUCCGUCUCGCGGUUUCUUGUCUUCAACCGUCGUCUCUUCAAAUCCGGGAAGCUUGCGGGUCUACAUUUGUGAACAUGACACAUCUCCCCCGGAAGGUCAAGAAAUCAAAACAAACCAGCAAAAUAUUCUAAUCAGAUCUCUCUUGCUAAAGAAGCUAAAAGGCGACUCGAAUUCCAAAGACGCCAAAGGAAGUGCGGAAGAUGGUCCUAAAAAGAGGGCUGCGAAUAGGGCUCUGGACGACAGAAGCUCAGCUAAAAGAGCUGCUAAUGUAUCUAGACAAGGAUCGAGCAGCCGCUCAGGGGAAAGAGACUUUCAGUCUUUGACUGUCGAAAAGCUCCGUGCCCUUCUCAAGGAGAGAGGCCUUCCGACGAAAGGAAGAAAGGAUGAGCUCAUUGCGCGUCUGAAGAAUGCCAAUUGAAGAUAGAGAAAUCCAAGAUUGAGAAAACGCUCAGGUGAAUAUAUGUAUCUUUAGAGGUUUUCGGAUAGGCAAGAAGGUGAAGAAACUUAUUGUUGUUCUUUUGAUCUCUUCUGGGGAACUGGUUAUCAGGCAUUAGGGUGUACUAAAUUAUGAAACUGGUUUUUCAUUAAAGAUUUAGCGACAUUUGUAAUAUGUAAACUCAUCAUGUGUAAGGGGUUUUAGAUCGAGUUUACAUGGAUUUCAUCUUUUGAUCUCUGAACCGAUCCAAACCACAGUCGUAGUAAAAAAAACAAAUCUGUUAAAG